AUGACGCCGCCCCAGUCCGGGUUUGAACCCUACCUAAUGCCGUUAGGCAACGCUGCCUUACGCUUCUACCUAGGACUGAACGACUUCGAGGUUGCUCUGAAGUACUAUAUCCAAGAACUAUACUAUGACACGGGCGACGAGAAUAUCGAAAUUGCGAAAGACGCCUUUUUGGCUGAGCUUCCCGUCCUUGUCGCCCUUCGUGAGGAGUUCAUCGAUGCCUGGUACGCCCCUGCUGGACAAAACAUCUCCGAGCUCGAACAGGCGGUGAGGGAUAAUGAGUAUCUACCAACAAUAGUCUGGGACAUUGCCAACGUCACGCUCGCCUUUGACGAAGACCACCGCGUACUGGAGAACAUGCUCGCCGAUAUGAAGGAUUUGGUGAGAGAUUUCGAUCUCAGGACUUCUCAGUGUGGAUUUCCUUUAUGGUAA